UCUCUGUUGAGCCUGAUUACAUGCACCUGUGUGAACAUCUUUCCCUCGACCUGUUCGGGGAAAACAACCGGAUCAUCCCGGUUUAUAUUAUAUUUCUACAAACUUUGUCUCAGUUAUCUUUGUUUUGAGUCAUGCUCUCCAACACGGGCCCUGUGGCCAAGCUCUACCUGUCCAUAAUUGAUGACGUGAUUGAGAGUAUGAGGGAGCUUUUCCUGGAUGAAGGCCUUGAAGACCGGGUCCUGGAUGAUUUAAGACAUCUUUGGGAGUCGAAGAUGAUGCAGUCAAAAGCAAUGGAAGACUUCAGGAAAAACAACAUCAACUCAUCCAACUUUGUGCUGCAGCUCCCUGCAAGCUACACGCAGACUGAUCAGGACGUCACAGCCUCAGUCGUGAUCCCUGCGAGUCAGACUAUCCACAGUUUCCCCAGACUCAAGGCGGGCUCAGAGACUCUAGCUACUUUUUCUCUGCCUGCUGGGUUAGCGUACCCGGUGCAGAUACCAGCCGGAGUAACUCUACAGACAGCUUCAGGUCAACUCUACAAGGUCAAUGUUCCUGUUGUGGUCACCCAGCAGCCUGUGUCUCAACCUGCUCAGAAGGUCACAGCGUUUAGAGGAGCUGCUGCCCCUCAGCCGGCCGCGGCCCCGCCGAAGACCGCUGCUCCGCCUCAGGAGGUGGACCCGUCACCUGCUCCAGCUGCUUCUGUCACACAGCAGCCGCCUCAAAAUGCUAACCUACCCCCCAGUCAGGAGACCAGCGCCCUGCAGCAGCCUCCCGGUCCUGCUCCUGAGACCUCGCUGCCUCAGACCGAACCAGAGGUGCCUCAGGUGGCGAAUGAGCCGAGUCCACACCCUGAACCUGUGGACCUCAGCAUGACCGCCUCACCCUGCACUCAGCUAUUAGACUUUCAGAUCAGAGCCGAGGAGGCUUUGGCGCAGACGGCUCCAUUACAGACCAGAGACAUCGAUGACAUCCUGAAAGAAGUGAUCGAGGCGGAGAGGGCGAGGAGUCAGGCAUCCACAAAGAAUGACAACCAGGCCGAGCCUGUCCUUGGGCUGGACCUGGACUACAGCUACAGCGACCUGUCAGACAUCGUUCAGCUGGACGGCGCCGCAGACAACUCUGACCUGGAGGAGGACGAGGGCGGGGUUCCUCUGGAGGAGAACGACUUCCUGGGUAUCAUCAACGCCGAGGCCAUCAAAGCUCUGCAGGAGGAGAGAAGCAGCGACGGCAACAGCAUCUCGUCCAGCGACAGCGAGGGAGCCGAUGAACUCGCUGACAUCGUGGAAGAGGAUCCUCUGAAUUCAGGUGACGAUGUGAUGGAACAGGACAUCCCCGACCUCUUCGACACCGACAACGUGAUUGUUUGCCAAUAUGACAAAAUUCACCGCAGUAAGAACCGCUGGAAGUUUCAUCUGAAAGACGGAGUGAUGUGUUACGGAGGCAGGGACUACGUUUUCUCUAAAGCCGUCGGGGAAGCCGAGUGGUAACGAGCUGUAGCUCCCAUUCACACACCAGACGAUCGUGUUGAAAGAAGGACAAACGGAUUGAAAAGAGAGAAACGAUCGGUGUAUUUCGACCUCCUGCAGAAUCACCGAUACCUUUUGUUUGGUUUGAAAUUUAAUUAUUAGAGCAAAGCUGCUGAUCGACUGAAACAAACAGCAUGAAUUUCUGUUUUAUCAUAUUUGAAAAGUCCUGAUGGUGUUUGAUUUCCCAACGUUGUGAUUUCUCGCCUUUGAUCAUUCUUUGCUCCUCACUGUUUUGCUGCUUUCAUUAAACCUUUUCUUUCUUUG